CUCUGGAGAUGAUUUUCCAAAGGACCCAUUCAUCGGGGGAGCUGGGAGUUUCACUCGGCGAGCCCUCAUCUUUAAAUUGAGGGCAAGGGAUUAGGAUGCAGAGUGGAAAGGCUGAGGACAAAACACCCCUUAGAGAGAGGGUUUCAGUUGUUGCCAGCGGCACCGGGAAGCCGGAGGGCUCUCCGGGCGCUCCGUGCGCGCACUCAGACAACCAGCCGCGCUUUGAAACUUUCACUGCACAUCUGCGCAUCCCUCGCCUGGGCUCGGCACCGAGCCAAAGGGGGCCGAAUUCCUGCGAGCCCGUGCAGCUCCCACACGUCCCCAGCGCUAGGACCCAGAGGGAGCCGGAUCGCUGUGAGUCAGUGCGGCGCUGGAGCCCCGCGAGCGCUGAAUGAGGCUGCGAAGGCAGAGGGAAUGUGAAUGGCUCUUCUGGCGUGCGAGAGCGGCCGAGGACUGGGGUGCUACAGAGCGCAGAGCAGCCUGGAGACCCCUCGGGAGCCCCUGUCCCCCCGGCUCUGAGGCAGCUCCAAAGUCAGAGGACAAUGCUCCCCUGGAGUAUCCUGCAGAACACUCCCUGCUCAAUACCCACCGGAGCAACAGGCACCACCUUCCCGAGGCAGCCCCACGGACGCCCCGCGGCCAAGACGCUGCUUGGAGCAGGAGAGAAGCCAUAAACAUCACCGUGGACCCCAAAAUCUUUAGGAAGAGUCGUUUCCGCUCUCCCCGGGUGCUGUUCAGCACGGAGCCCCCGCCCGUGGCGGGGCAAGGACAGAGUUUGGGCUUGCUCGGCGGCGCAGGUGCCCUCAACAGGACGGCCAGGACCAAGAGGUCCACGCACCCCGUGCUGCACCGGGGGGAGUUCUCGGUGUGCGACAGCGUCAGCAUGUGGGUGGGGGACAAAACCACAGCCACCGACAUUAAGGGCAAAGAGGUGACGGUGCUGGGAGAGGUCAACAUCAACAACAACGUCUUUAAGCAGUACUUUUUCGAGACCAAGUGCAGGGACCCCAAGCCGGUGUCGGGCGGGUGCCGCGGGAUCGACGCCAAGCACUGGAACUCGUACUGCACCACCACCCACACCUUCGUCAAGGCCCUGACCAUGGAGGGCAAACAGGCGGCCUGGAGGUUCAUCCGCAUCGACACGGCCUGCGUGUGUGUGCUCAGCAGGAAAUCAGGGAGACCCUGAGCGGGGAGCUACGCCCUCCAGCACCCUCCUACCCCCCUACCUCAGUCUGUAAAUUAUUUUAAGUUAUAAAGGACUGCAUGGUAUAUUUAUAGUUUAUACAGUACAGAAAGAACCUCAUUAUUUAUUAAACUCUUUUGGAAA